AAUUUUUAUAGCUCUAAUAAGAAGAAAAAUGAGUUCCAUCAGUGAAAGUCGUGAAAUCAAGAACUCCAGUAGAGGAAGAGAAUUGCAGGGUCCAAGGCUUUCACCUUUAAAAGUCAGCAACUCUUCAUCAACGAUCAAGAAAUCGUCUCAUGGUAUUCCAAAUCGAAGCAGCAAGGUUAACCCUGUGGUAAUCUAUCUGAGAUCGCCAAAGGUUAUCCAUGUUAGACCAGAGGAGUUCAUGAGCCUCGUGCAACGCCUAACAGGGAAGGACUCAUCAUAUAAUCCGUCGUCACCAUCAUCAUCAUCUCCUUGUGACAUGGUAGGGGAUGAUGAAUCCAUGGCGGCCAAGAUGACUGAGAGAUCAUCAAAUAAUUUGCUUGGUGCAGAAAUGAAGCCGCCUUUCAAUGAGGUUGAUUAUGGUGAUCAAAUUGUAGGAUUGUCUCCGACUUGGUUACGUUUCUUAGCUUGUGUAUAGAACCUACUUCUUAAUUAUUUAUUUUUGUUUAAGAAAUUAAGAUUGUGAUUGUUACACAUUUAUUAUAGGUGGAUAAUGACUUUGUACUUAGGUAAUGAAUAUACAAACACCCUUUGUAC